UGUGCGAGCGCGAUAGAAGGAUGCUUGCUCUGGUGGAUGGUGUUGGCUCGCCAUAUAGUGAUUGCCACACUGCAGUACAGAUGCAGCCAUCUUUGACUCCGAAUGGAAUGGAUCAUGUACGGCCAUUAGUAUUUGUGGAUGGCAAUGGGCACCUGCAACUCUUCUCCGACUUUCAGCAGAAUGUCGAGUCUGGUAAGCAUCCUCCGCCAGUAGUGUCGCGCGGCGUCUGCGCCGCUCAUUUUUUACUACCACAGCGAAAAGACGAUCCAACACUAGUGCAACGACGUCCGUGCGACAUGCAAAAGAUUUACCUGUCGCUCCACGCCACCAUGCAAGACAGAAACAGCUCGUCUACUGAUGUGGAAAUGAUCCGGGAUCUCUUCCGAUACUUUCCUGCCGUAUGGCUACCCCGCGAGCGAGGGAAGUCCACGAAAACGGCACCCAGCGACUGCGCGGCGGCUGGUGGAGUGCGAGGACCGAGUGAAAACCGAAUCAUCGGUGAC